AUGGCUGAAUCUGUGGAGUUUUCGCGACCGGGUACCUGCAAUUUGGUUAUGCUUAUCCUUAUUGCCAAAGCUGGCGCAGCUCCAAGCAUCACACAGGCGGUUCUUGUUCUGAAGACCGUACGAGUCAAAGGUUUGGUCCCCUUGACCGGCCCAGAGCGCAAGCAAGCUCCGCGGCCUUUGCCUCCCUUGCCUCCCUUGCCGGUCGCACCAAAAGAGAAGGACAUCUCGGCCCAGUCCACAUACAACAACGACGUGAGCUUUGAGGUGAGUGGUGAAAGUUUGUUGGCAAGAUACCUAGACAGGUCCUACGUGCCGGAGCCCGCGGUGCUGGAAGCAGCAUCCAGAGCCAGGGUCAGCGGUUCUCCACCGAGGAGGAAAAGUGAGAGCUGUGAAGGCGCUUCCAAGUCGGUUCCUGUCACAUCUUCCGGCUGCGGUGUGGUUUUUACCAAGUUGUGGUCCAGAGUGAUCAGUAGCUUUAGUGGAACGGUGCCUCAACCGAUCCAGGACUUCCAGGCGGCUGGGCUUCCGGAGAAGGUCCUGAAGGAAAUUCAGGAUGCCAAGUUCAGCGAACCCACACCCAUUCAGGCGCAGUGCUGGCCCAUUCUGAGCAACGGACAUGACCUGAUUGGCAUUGCUAAGAGUGGCAGCGGCAAGACCCUAGCGUUGCUCGGGUCGCUGUUGAAAUGCUCGGACCGUUGCUCCUUCGUUCGCGGCGUGCCGCGUUGCGACGCGAUCGCCGCGAUGGACUGUCUUCCCAAACGGCCUCCGGGCCCCGUAACGAAACAAAUUCCACGCUUGGAUGAAGCAAUCGCGUCAUUGCAAGAACUUCAAGAAGAAGGGGAAGUGGAAGCUGCUAUGGGUCUUUUGCUGCGUCUCAUCACCAUCGACGAGUCCGUGUUUUGCACAGUCUUUCCGCACGCGGAUGGGGAGACCCUCAGCGUGACCGACAUCAUGGGCCGCACCUUGCUCCACUACGCCGCCACGCUGGGACGCCUCGCAGCUCUGUCUCUCCUCUUGGCCUCCGAGCGGCUGGACCCCAACUGCCGCGACGACCGCGGCGACACGGCGCUCCACCUGGCCGCAGGCAACGGCGAACGCGGCGCCUGCGAGCUGCUGCUGAAGAACCGCCGCGUGGAUCGCAGCCUGCAGGAUGAGGAUGGCCGCACCGCUCUGGAUUUGGCGCAUUCCUCCGCGGCGCACUACUUUGCCACCGAAGCUGUACAUGCUUUACAGAUGUGACGAAGCUGGUGGCCGUUCCCCAAAAGAGGCUGAAAAGGCUGGCCUGGAGGCCUGGAGGAUUUUUUAAAGUACUCCAAUCAACCAAAAACUCCCACUUUUUUACCAUCCAAGUGAUUCAGAAUGGACGUGUCUGGGCCUUCUAUCGGUUGGCUUGCGCACCUGAUCCGUUGCGCAUGAAAUGACUCUGUUCAAAAUAGGACUCAGAGUGAGUUGACUAAAGAACAGAGAUCACAAUAGCACUCACAGCAAGAACAGUGAUUUUCCAGCGCCGAGUUUUCUCGCUGCAGCUCAUCAUUUAAUCGUUGGUGACUCUCCAGUCAGUCACAUCAUGUCACAUCCUUUCCGUCGUCACAGCGUCGACACUUGCAAGACGUGUGGCCAAGACAGUCAAAA